UCUUAUAAUGACUGAGAAACACGCAGCCGCAGUGGGUGGUUUUCCUUGAUCAAAGAGUAGAAUGGGGACGACGAUUAAAACCAAAACCCAAGUGGUGAAAAACAAAGACAAACAGAAAGAAAAAACUACCAACAAAGGAGACAAUAACAACAACAACACCAGCAAUGUUUUUGCUUCUUGUUCCUUCUCUAGCCUUGGUCUUCACCAAACCUUAUGUGACCAACUUCGUGAAAGAAUGGGUUUUGAAGGUCCAACGUUAGUUCAAGCUCAAGCUAUUCCUGUUGUUCUCUCUGGUCGUCAUGCACUGGUUAAUGCUGCUACUGGCACGGGGAAGACUAUUGCAUACCUGGCUCCAAUAAUUCAUCACUUGCAGAGUUAUGAUAAGAGAAUUCAGCGCUCCGAUGGAACAUUUGCGUUGGUUCUUGUACCAACGCGCGAGUUAUGUUUGCAGGUUCAUGAAAUUCUUCAGAAGUUAUUGCACCGGUUUCAUUGGAUUGUUCCAGGAUACAUCAUGGGUGGUGAAAGUAGAUCAAAGGAGAAAGCCAGGCUGCGCAAAGGUAUAUCAAUUCUUAUUGCAACUCCCGGGCGCCUUUUAGAUCACUUGAAGAACACAUCAUCAUUUGUGUACACAAAUUUGCGCUGGAUAAUUUUUGACGAAGCUGAUCGUAUUUUGGAAUUAGGAUUUGGUAAAGAGAUACAAGAAAUACUAAAUCUUUUAGGUUCAAUGAAGACAGGGCACGAUGACCAAGGGAAUGGAGUUCCAAGACCCACUAAAUUUCAAAGACAAAACCUGCUUUUAUCUGCGACUUUAAAUGAGAAAGUAAACCACCUUGCCAAAAUUAGCUUAGAGGAUCCAGUGAUGAUUGGUAUUGAUGAUAAAGUACUGGAACCAACGUCAAAAAUUAGAUUUGAUAAUUCAGAUUGUGAUGAAGACAAUGAAGGCACGUAUUCCAGUAAAAUACCAGCAGUUGGAGCUUAUAAAGUGCCCGAACAGUUGAUUCAGAGAUACAUGAAGGUGCCUUGUGGAUCACGGCUUGCUAUACUUCUUUCUAUUUUAAAGCAUCUUUUUGAAAGGGAACCUUCACAGAAGAUUGUGCUAUUCUUUUCAACAUGUGAUGCGGUGGACUUUCACUAUUCAUUGUUAACCGAAUUCCUUUUCUCAGCGUUUCCGCAAACCGAAGAAGGGAACAGACCAAUGUUUCUUGGAUGUAAAACUCUUCGGCUACAUGGUAAUAUGGAACAAGAGGACAGGACAACCAGUUUUCAGGCCUUCAAAACUGAGAAAUCUGCCCUUCUUUUGUCUACUGAUGUUUCUGCCAGAGGCUUAGAUUUUCCAAAUGUUAGAUGCAUAAUACAAUACGAUUCUCCCGGAGAAGCUACUGAAUAUGUGCACAGAGUUGGAAGAACUGCUCGACUUGGUGAAAGAGGAGAGUCGUUGUUAUUUCUGCAACCAUCUGAAAUAGAGUAUUUACAAGACUUGGAGAAACAUGGUGUCUCGCUAGCAGAGUAUCCUCUCCUCAAAGUGUUGGAUAGUUUCCCACUGUCUGCGCAGAAGAACAACACAAAGAAAUCUGUUUUCAUAGACAUGCAUCCAUGGAUCAUGUGUCUCCAGAAGGCACUUGAAUCCUGUAUCUCAUCCAAGCCCAAAAUGGAAGAACUUGCCAAGAGAGCAUUUUGCUCUUGGGUCCGAGCAUACACAGCGCAUCGUGGGGAGCUGAAAAGAAUAUUUAUGGUUAAGAAACUUCACUUAGGGCACGUAGCAAAAAGCUUUGGAUUGAAACAAAUACCCUCCUUAGUUGGAAAGACUUUCCAAAACCAAACUAAGAAGAGGAAAAGAUUCGAGAAGAAAAAUGGGUCGUCAAAUAAGAGAAAAGUUGCACGACGUGUGACAUAAUGCCAACCCUGAAUGUAAGUUUUAUGAAUCAAAAGGUGUCAAAUUGUGACUACCAGAAUCUACGUCAUUGUGUCAACAAAGUUGUCUCUUUAAUCACCCAGAUCGAGUAAUAGCAUAGCACCAAAGGCCUUCAAAUUCAUCGAUAGACAAGAAUGACACUAACAUACAGCAUGUUUGUUUCUUCAGGAGUCCUUAAAAACAUGGUGGUUUCAAUGGAAGAGAUUCUUAAAAAAAACGGAUUUCUGAAAGUGUGCCUCGUCGUGUUGACAACUUAUCUUAACACAAGAAUGGCAUGCGGAUGUAUUUGAUUCUAAUUUUAUUUAGUUCUGGUUUUGGUAUACGGUUUUGUAGGAUUUGGAUACCUCAUGUUACUUGGAAUUUUGUUUUGUUUUGCCAAGUAUUAAUAUAACCAUCAAACAUGAGUGGCUAAAGAUCAGAUAGGGCGAAACAGUUCUCUACAAACAUGUUAGGAUUUUGGAUCUAGUUAUUUUCAUCUUAAAAAUA